CCAUUCGCAUAUAAUACCCGCUUCGUAUUUAACUUCGUUGACAAUUUAAAGUCGCACGCGCAACCGGCCGACCGUUGCCGCGAUACAAAGUGAAAAUUUAAAAUAAUACGUUGUAUAAUUAAAUGAUUAAUGUCAUAGAAAUAUUUUUUAUCAUUACACGUAUAUAACAAAUGAACUUUAAAGUGGGCUUCCUCCCUCAAAAUGACGUUACGGGUCGAAGUGCCCGGGGAUAAAAUCGUGACUGUGGAAUCGUGCAAGUGCAACAAAAACUAUUGCACGGAUGUCGCCAAAAAUGAAUCGAAAUUCACUCGAAGAUUAAAGGAAAUAAUAAAAAACACGUGGGAUACAAGAACGAAAAUAACGGUAGAGCCUUAUGUAAUUUGUUAUGUUUUACCUAGCGUUUUAGCUGGGUUGGCCGUGCAAAAUUUGUGUUUAGAAAAAUCAUGCCUCGUGAAUUUAAAAUACGACGAACGUACCUGCACGAGUAUAAUGCAGGGACGGACUCACAAUUAUACGGAGCAAGAAAAAAGUGUGCAGACCAUGGUAGCGGGAAUGACCGCCUGGAGCUUUCCCCUGCAAACGGCACUGCCAGGAUUAAUGACACUGUUCGUAGGUGCAUGGAGCGAUCGCACAGGAAACCGAAAAGCUUUCAUGGUAUUACCUAUAGUAGGGAAACUGGUAUCUGUGUUCGGACUAAUGUUGAGUUUGGCGUUUUUCCUCCAAGUGGGUUUGAACGAGACCGCCCUGAUCGAGGGCCUACCUCCAGCGCUGGCCGGGGGCCGCGUUGCCAUGACGAUGGCGGUUUACAGCUACAUAACAGACGUUACUACUGACUCUGAACGGACUUAUCGUUUAGGCAUUAUAACGGCCAUUUUGACACUCACGAGGCCCAUCGGCCUCGCUCUCAGUGGUAUUAUGACGAAACGUUUCGGCUACUAUGGUGUUUUUACAAUUGCGUGCGUUUUUUAUUUAAGUGGUUUCGUCUAUAUCGUCCUGAGGUUGAAGGAGAAGCCGAAAAAGUCAAUCGAUAAUGAUAAUUCAAAUACGAUAUUCUCGUUGUUCUCUAUAAAAGACUUGAGUGCGACCAUCAACGUAGCUUUCAAGCGACGGGAAGGUUCACGUAGACUGCAAAUUAUACUCAUCAUGUUGGCUUAUAUGUUCAUCGUUGGACCAGUAUUAGGUGAGGCGCAGAUGACGUACUGGUUCACACGGUACAAGUUCAAAUUCACCGAAGUCGACUACAGCUUGUUCCUCACUUACUCCGUACUUGUCGGCAGUGUUGGUUCGUUCAUCACCCUGUAUCUCUUCAGCAAGAAGUGGGAGAUAGAGGACAGCGCUAUCGGGGUUUUCGCCUGUCUGAGCAGGGUAGCUGCGAGUGUGGUUUACGCACUUGCGCCCACACGCACCGUAUACUUCCUGGGACCAGUGCUGGACAUGUUCAGCUCGGCAGGAGCGACCUCACUACGAUCUAUUGCAACUAAAUUGGUGGACGCAGAUGAAGUCGGUAAAACGAGUUCAUUAAUAAGCAUAUCGGAAGCUCUGGUACCCGUCAUCUACACGCCCGUGUACAGCAAGGUUUAUCUUAGCACGCUGUCGACGUUCGCCGGAGCCUUUUAUCUGAUUAGCGCAGCGCUGGCAGUACCCGCCAUAGGAAUAUUCUUAACGUUGUUCAGUUUACGACGAAAAGAAAUCAAAGAGAGCUCGACAGCAACAACAAAAAAGUCAAAGGAAAACGAAGUGACCCGAUUUUAA